UCGAUUAAAUAGUGUUUCCGAUUGUUACUUUUGCUGUCUGAUUAAAUGAUGGAUACCUUCAUCCGAUGAAAUGCAGUUACCGAUGAAAUGAGGUCGGAAAAUUAGUCGCCCUUUAUAUAUUCGUUGUAAUUUUCAUCGGAUAAAACGACGAAAAGAUCGGAUAAAAUGAUGAUAAGAUCGGAUAUACACUUUAAUCGGAUAAGCAAGAGAGUGAUCACGUUAUAUCCGAUCAUGUAUUAUCCGAUGAAAGAUGAUAACCGCUGAAAAUUAUACAACGAAUAUACCCGAAUAUUGCCGAAGAGGAACGAAUAUUUCCGAUUCAUGUUGAUUUAAUCGGAUAAUCGCAACGAAUAUUGCCAAAGAGGAACGAAUAUACCCGAGUCGCGGAAACAGUAUGCGCGAUUGUUGAGUUAUUUGUUAUAUCAAACGCAGACGUGACAUAACCUAUAAAUUUUAGUAACCAAGGUUGAAUUUUGUAACGCACCCCGGAGAUGCCAGAUUCUGGUUAGUAAGUGGUAUUACUUGAAACCGUCCCGAGCGCACGUGGACGUAACACGUAGCUUGCACGUGUGCGUCAUCCCCUCCACAGAAUCUAACAUCUCUGCGUGCACGUUCGAUCACGUCGAGUGUUAACCGUGACCGCAUCGGAACCGAGUGCCACAAAAGAGAAGAAGAAAAGUGCGAUUAACUAUUUCGAUUAUUAUAGUUCUUUUUCCUUUUAAAUUAUCGAUAAGAACCGAUACAAUUGUGAUUUACAAUAGCGAUAAUGUGUGACAUACGUCGUACAUUAGAAGAAAUGGCUGUAGAAGAAGAAGUCAUUGAUUUAUUAAUAAAUUACAUAAGUCUUCCUGUAUGUUAUUAUUCUUUUGGAAAGACACUUUCAAUAGGAAAAUAUUUCAGUGGAAGAUUUAAAAACUUUAAGAAAGCGUGAACUUGAUGAAUUAAUUAUGAAAUAUGGUCCAAGGAGGAGGUUUGGUAGAACUUUAGUUAAAUGGAUGUCAUUGCAUAAUUGUUUGAUAGAUCCCGAACUACUAGCGGCAUACGGUGAUAUGCAACCAGCGUACACUGUUGACACAGAUAACAAGGAGUCUGUUUCAGCGAAGAGCUCAAACGAAGUUGCAUCAUUGCAGUUGAUCCAUUUUCCCAAAAGAGAUUCAUCGAACAGUUUGUCUACAAACAUCAGCAGCUGCAGCAGUAAUUUUUCAGAGAGCCCAUUGUUGCUUUCGCAAGAUUUCAACGAGUUUGUGAGCAGCGAGCAAAUUGAAACAAAGAAUAAAGAGCUUGCAGAUAUUUCAGAUCUGCAAAUAGUGAACAUUGAAGAUACUGUUAGUUUUGAUGUUAAUGUUGGCAUAAACGUUGAAGAUACUGUUAGUUUUUAUGUUAAUGUUGGCACAAACGAACCUGACCUUGAAGACCUCACAGAAACAAGUGUACAGUUAGAGGAUGAGUUGAAAGAUUUCGACGACGUUACAACUGCUCCCGUACAAACGUCAAGCGAUAAGGAACAAGAAAGGCAAUCACCAAUUCCAAAUUUUAAUACAGCAAAUGCUGAAGGUAGAACUCCGCUGCUUAAUCUCUUGCAUAAAAACGGAUCCCAUCUUCAAAAACUUAUCCACAAUAUCCACCGUAAAGAUUUAGUACCAGUGGGAUCUGACAUCAACUUGAUAGGAAAAGUUACUGCCAAACAUCUCCUCAAUUUAGCCACUCCUCCACUACGGAAAAUACCAACAAGUACUCUCAUAAGAUGGAGUAAAUAUUUUAAACGUCUGUUUCCAAAGACGCCGACAUCCGCUUUUUAUGCCUUUAAAUACGAGCCAUAUAGACGUUCAGACGGCAUCAUACUUCAGAGAAAGAGAGCGCAAGGAGUGUUGCAGGUCCAACUCUUUCAAGAGAGGAGAAAACUUCUUAAGGAAAACCGAGAUGUUCUAUUGAGGCAGCCAAGUACGUCAGUCUCAACCGGCAGGGACAGAAGUCCGUGUCCUUCAAACAUAUCUCAUAUCACAAAAACUUGGAGAUCUGUCAGUCAAUCAGAAGGAGAAAUUCAAUCUAGAACUGAAAUUCCAAGAGAAGUGUCUCUUUCACAGACUGAUCCAACAAUAGAGUCUCAUCUUAAUUAUUUGCGGAACGAAUUGCACUACAAAUUGACCUCAGAAUUACUAUCCUCCUGGGAAGCUACUUUUACAUAUAGACGGAACCAACUCUUACAUCAGUCAGGAACAGUGUGGGAUUAUCUGAACGAAUACAGGGUUUUGCAAAUUGAAGAAGUUGGUAAAGUCUUAAUUGAACAGGAUUUCGAAAAACUUUGUCCCAAUUUAGAUCCUGUAACGAGGUACUCGGGGAACCUAGCCAAAAAUUGUGAGAAAUACAGGCUUGCAAUUAUUGCUACAGCUUCAGUACUUAAAAUAAAAUAUAAUAAAAUAAAAUAAAAAGAACAAGCCAACGAAAGCAAAAGGAUAUAGCUACUUCGUUCUUGAACUUGGCUAAACACGAUUCAGAUGUUAUACUUAGAGUGACUGGAACUCUUUUGCUCCUUCCCUUUAUAUUUCCUUACGUUUAUGUGCACAAGACGUGGAGACCAACGAGGAUAGAUAUUGUUGAAUCUUUCGUCGCGAGAGUUUGCAGUGAAACGGAAGUUGAAGAACAUAUUGAACGUCGACGUAAAGCAUUGAUGGUGUUCGGAAUUGCAUUAAAGGAAUUUUCGGAAACCGAAUCGAUUGAGAAAUUGAUCAUUCAAUAGCUGUGCGGGUGAUGUUUGUCUCAUAAAGUCAUUCGAGAAGUUUCGAGAAUUGAAAUCGAGAAGGAAAUUUGGGACAAAUAUUUUCUUCCCACGCUGUUUGUCCCGCAAAAUUGAGACAAACAUCAACCGCAAUUUAACCGUUCACUCGCGACUUUUCUCAGGAGACAUGCGCGAGGAGAUGACGUCAGACGGCGACGGCCAAUCGCUCGGCCUGCGGCUCGCUCCGCGCAUGUUCCUUAUCACCGGGCUGCGUGAGGCCCAACCAUGUGCCAAUCGCGUGCGGCACGCGGGGGUCACCCCCAAAACUUUGAAAUCGAUUGGGCCUAGCCAAAAUUCACGGGUUCUACAAAUAGAGCUCCAAGCGAUCCGCGGACCCACUUCACAGUCAGUCUGCAAAGUAUCAAAAGUUUCUGGCAAUCAACUAAACGCAAAGUCCGUCUCUUUCAGUGCGUGCAAUUCCGUCGCUCGCGGAAUCGUCACGGUGAUAAUUCCGUCGCUUGCGGAAUCACCACGUUGAUACUUUCCGUCGCUCGCGGAAUUAAAACGGCGAGUUGAACUUAUAUAUAGUGUACAUAAUUUAUUUCAGUUAUAUAUAACUUUGUGCCGUUACAACAGACGCUUUCUUCUUUUGUGUGUUCGUGGCUGUGCUAUCCGUCCCGUGAUACCUCGCGUUCGUAACAGAUGGAGAUAGCAAAAAAAGUUAAAAUAUCUACAUCUGUUCAACCUUAUGUUUUAGCGGUAGGUCCGACCUGGGAUAAUAUCAGUCAUAGUCACGUAAUUGUAGACAAAGUUUUAUAUACAUGUAAAAACAUUGUGGAGGCCGUGGAACUUUGUUUUAAAUUGUUUCAUGUUUUUCACUCCGAUUACCCUCCUGAAAGCAAGCACGUAUGGCAAUUGAUACAACAAGGUUUUUAUAAUAUAUUUUUGGAGGAUCACGAUAUAAACCGAGGAACAAUUACGAAGGCUUUGGCUGAUAUUGGAAUUUAUGUGCAGGAAAAAGAAAUAUCGUUGACAACUAAGAAACCCAGAAAUUUAUAAUUUCAGUAUUUUUUGUCUAAGACAUUUCAUUGUCAAAUCCUUCAUUUUUAUUAUUAUUUGUUACAUCACUGAAAAUAGAACUUUUCGUUUAAAUGUUCCACUUUUUUAUAAAUUUAUAAGUUUAUUUUCGUUCGCUCGAUUAGUAUUAAUAUUUUCCGUCUAAAAACGCGCUUUAUAGCGCGCUCAUUUGUCUAUAGCUCGCAUCGGCGAAGCAGUGUUCCUGCGAUCGCUAUAGAGUGUAGAGUACAUAUAGUUUGUGAUUUUGAUAGAGCAUUAAUGAAUGCUAUUGCAAGAGCAUUCGGUAAUUGUAAUAAUCUAACAGAAUAUUUAUCAACAUGUUAUUUAUUGCUUACAAAUAGAAACGAGAAAAUGC